CUACCUCCAGCUCCGACAGAAAGUUUGUUGUUGUAAUCAAAUCAGCUGUCUAAGUUCUUUACAUUAUAUUUAUACUAUGACAUAGAGGUAACAAUGAAGUUUGGGUUGAGGUUAGCCGUAGCAGCAAUCAGUGCAAUAUGCGUAGUUUUUAUAAUGUCUAUGACGAAAGAGACUGGAACACGACAGCUACGGCAAUUACUGGGACGAGUUUCUCGGCAUGCCAUCUCAAAUAACUCGAUAUUCUUGUCCCACAACCACAUGAACAGUCGCGUUGUGAGAGUGAACUCGGAUGAUGUCAUACAUCUGGCGUUUGUCGUCUGUGGUAAGGAUCGUGUGGAAGAGUCACUUGUCAUGGUAAAGUCAGCAGUGCUUUUCACAAGAGCUCCUCUUUCCCUCCAUGUGAUCACUGACCCAGAACUGAUCGCCACCUUUAACACUGAGCUUGAAAAGUGGAAAUCAGACAGUGGGAGAUUUCAGUACAAUGUCAGUAAAGUAUCAUUUCCAGCAGAUAGAGGGAGCCAGUGGCGAAGUUUGUUCAAGUUGUGUGCCGCGCAGAGACUAUUCCUGCCUGAGAUGCUGGCGGAAGUCGAUGCUAUCCUCUACGUUGACACAGACACUUUGUUUCUCCGUCCAAUUGAUGAUCUCUGGAAUUUCUUUAAUCUAAUGAAUUCUAGCCAGAUGGCAGCACUUACUCAGGAGCAAGAGGAUGCUGGUAUUGGCUGGUACAACCGAUUCGCGCGGCAUCCGUAUUAUGGCAAGCUAGGUGUUAAUUCAGGUGUGAUGCUCAUGAACUUAACACAGAUGCGACAGUUCGGUUGGACGAGGAAAAUCACUCAGUACUAUUUCAAGUACAGACACAACAUUACCUGGGGUGAUCAAGACCUCAUCAAUAUCCUAUUCAGCUUCUAUCCAGAAAAGCUGUACGUGUAUCCGUGCGAAUGGAACUUUCGCUCGGAUCACUGUGUGUACCGCAUGGUGUGCCAGUCAGCCCAAGAUAGAGGCGCCUCCGUCGUCCAUGGUGUCCGCAGCGCAUUCCACUUGGAAAAACAUAUGGUAUUCAAAACUGUAUACCAGGCAAUGCUCCAGUAUAAGUUUGGAGAUGACCUUGAGAGGAGCUUGCUGGACCCGAUUGAGAGAAAUCUUAGUAGGCUGGCGAAUACCAACUGUGGUAAGGUGAGGCAUGUGUUCACACAGAGGCUGAACGAAACCAUACGGCAGUCGAGAGCUUCCAAGUACCCUGGCAGCUAGUGACAGCUGUGUGACAGUAGUGCACUAGUCAUCAAGGGAAUCAUGGAGGACUACACCCUGCCUUUCUUACCUAAUGAAUGCUGCUACUUUCAUGGGAUUUCAUUGACCCCAGGGUUCUCCAAGCUUUUUCAUUAUAGCAUGGCGGAUGCUGCCUUUACGGUCCUAGUUGCAAAUCGCCGA